AUGGAUGGUUCAGCGACAAGUCUCGAAGAUUCGCGUGAAUCUACGCCAUCUACCGGGACAGUAAUGAAGAAAUACGAGAGUGACAUUGAAAUAUUGAGCAACCCAAGUCAAAGUAGUAUUGAAGUAUUAGAUGACGGAACUAAAUCAAGCACAACGCCCAAUCGGAAACGAUCAUCCGAAGAGCGUCGUAUUGCGAUAGCGCCAUCAUUAUUAACAAUUCCGGAUGCAACUCCUGUUAUGGCGGGUCUAACGGAAAGUUCUAUGACUGACAGCGUUUGUACCACAUACGAAAACAAGCAUAAGACGCCAACGAAACUCACAAGAAAGAAUUCAAACGACUUGGAAAUUCAACCGGGAAGCUUAGGAAGCAUCAAAGAAUCUCCAUUUACACCAGUGUCCAACCUGACAUCAAUGCUGGGUGGCCUGUUAAGUAGUAUAAAAAUAGGUGCCAAGAACUCGACGUUGAAAUUGGACGAACCGGAGUACUUGAGCACAGAUAUACAAUAUUCGUUUACUAAUUUCACUAGUGUAGAUCAUCGUAUAAAGUUGCACUUGAUAUUAAACGUUUUUGAGUUAGAAAAUGAGGAGCUUGUUUUGUUUUUACGCUCUGAAAUUCUACUGCAAAAUCAAUUAGUUCCAUUCGCGGGGUGUUUGGUUCUAUCUACAUCAAAAAUUUACAUUCUCAAAAUCGUCGGAGUCGAAGGGGAAGACCCGUCGCGUUGGUUGCACAAAGAAAUUUCCUGGACGAUGGACCGCGUUCGUAUAUUCGCGCCGUUGCCUUUCAAACAGGGUAUCAUGAUUGAAUUAGAAAACACGUUGACAAAUCGAUUAAAUAACAGCAGCGUCGCGGAUCACGAUAAUGUUAACAAUAACCUUCAUUUGUUGUGCAUUCUGCAAGAUUUUCAAUGGACAUCAAACUUGAUGUUCUACUUGACAGAUUUGCCGUUGCCAACCAGCUGCGAAGUUGAGUUUGCAAUUGGUGAGAAUUCCACCGCGUUGAUGCAUCAACUUAUGACUGAUUCUGAGUAUAGGAGAGAUAAUGACGCGGUUAGAAUUUUCGCGAUCUUUUCAUUCGCGAGCUUAGAUAUAGGUGAAAGGACUGUUCAGGUUAACAUGGCGGGACUGUUGGUUACUACUUCUUCGAUAAUUGUUACGGAAGACAAACUGCAUUGGAUGUUACCUGAAGCGAAUGAGGAACCGAUCAAAUUGACUGAGCAAUCGAUAAGCAAUCUCAUUGAAGUGAUAUCAGACGGAUGCACAUUAGGCUUGAGUUUCCUCGAUGAAGUAGCUGGCAUCGAAGAACUCUGGACAUUCAAGUUUGUAUCGACCGACGCGUCAAAUGCUGUAAUCAACGCGAUCCAACCCCCAUGGGAGGAAUUGUUCUCAGUGCCCUUGCAAAUAACAACAAAGACACCUGCUGAUAUAAUCACUUAG